GGCCUGGAGCAGGCGCGGCCGCUGCUUCUCUAAACAGAAGCUCCAGGCCCGCUUCCCCCUCAGGUUCCGGGGCACCCGGGUGCCCCAACCCAUCGGACACCCAUCCCCCAUCACCCUCCCCCAACAAAACCCCUGACCACCCCCCGUCCCGGCCCUUUAAUCAUAUUAGAACCGGCGGAUCGAGCUGCGGCUGUGCGGGCGGAACCUUCAUUCCACCGCACCCCCCCCGGAACCUUUGUUCGGGAGCAGCGGGUUGCACCCGGACGUUGCUAGGGCCCUGGGUCCGGCUGCGCUCCGAGAUGUUCAAGAACACGUUCCAGAGCGGAUUCCUCUCCAUUCUCUACAGCAUCGGCAGCAAACCUCUGCAGAUCUGGGACAAGAAGGUGCGAAACGGCCACAUAAAAAGAAUUACAGACAAUGACAUCCAGUCCCUGGUGUUGGAGGUUGAAGGAACCAAUGUCAGUACCACAUACAUCACCUGCCCGGCAGAUCCAAAGAAGACCUUGGGAAUCAAGCUGCCCUUCCUGGUGAUGAUCAUCAAGAACUUGAAGAAAUAUUUCACUUUUGAAGUCCAGGUUCUAGAUGAUAAGAAUGUUCGCCGGCGAUUCCGAGCGAGUAACUACCAGAGCACAACGCGGGUGAAGCCCUUCAUCUGCACCAUGCCCAUGAGACUGGAUGAUGGCUGGAAUCAGAUCCAGUUUAACCUGUCCGACUUCACCCGGCGAGCCUAUGGUACCAAUUACAUCGAGACGCUGCGAGUGCAGAUUCACGCAAACUGUCGGAUCCGGCGUGUUUACUUCUCUGACAGGCUGUACUCUGAGGACGAGCUCCCAGCAGAAUUCAAACUUUACCUACCUGUACAGAAUAAAGCCAAGUGAGAAACGUGAGCAGGACGAAGCUUCCACGUAUUGUCAGAUGUCCAGCACCCCUCCCUCUCUUCACUACCGUCACCUUCCCUACAUGCAGAAACAUGAUGGAAAGUAAAUGUUUUGUAUAUUUUCAUUUAAUAUAAACCCAGUGAUUUAAACUUUCUUGUUGGUUUUGCCUUCAAUAUUGUAUCUUUUAUCUGAAAUAAAACUUUCUCAUACCUGA